GAUCAAUCCUUUCCAGAGCAUGAAAAUGGUUUUCAGAUUGGAAUGAGAUUAGAAGGCAUUGAUCCCCGACAUCCAUCAGUGUUCUGUGUGCUUUCUGUAGCUGAGGUGUGUGGUUACCGGCUAAGACUUCAUUUUGAUGGUUAUUUAAGCAGCUAUGAUUUUUGGACCAAUGCUGGUUCCCCUGACAUUCAUCCUGUAGGGUGGUGUGAGAAGACCAAACAUGAAUUGCACAUCCCUAAGGGUUAUAGAAAAGAUAAAUUUGUUUGGAUGGAUUACCUGAAGGCCUGCAAAUUGCAAAAUGCUCCUAAGAAAUUAUUCAGAAGCAGAAGUUCCAAUGGGCCAGUGCCUAAGGAGUUUCAGGUCGGAAUGAAGCUGGAGGCGGUCGACAGGAAGAACCCUUCUUUGGUGUGUGUGGCAACCAUAGCAGAUAUUGUGGAAGAUCGCCUCCGAGUGCAUUUUGACAAUUGGGAUGAUAGUUACGAUUACUGGUGCGAUAUUAAUAGUCCUUAUGUCCAGCCAGUUGGUUGGUGUCACGAAAAUGGAAGAACUCUGAUAGCACCCCAAGGAUAUCCUGAUCCAGAAAAUUUUUCUUGGACAGACUAUCUGGAAGCUACUCAAACUAAUGCAGUUCCUGGCAGAGUUUUUAAAAUGAGGGUGCCCCAUGGUUUUCUGCCAAAUAUGAAACUUGAAGUUGUGGAUAAACGAAAUCCCCGGUUAAUCCGUGUUGCUACAAUUAUAGAUGCUGAUGACCAAAGAGUAAAGAUUCAUUUUGAUGGUUGGGACCAUAAGUAUGACUAUUGGAUGGAUGCAGACAGCCCUGACAUUCAUCCUGUUGGAUGGUGUGAUGUAACAGGGCAUCCACUGGAAGUGCCAUAUGGUAAGUAUUUUGCUCUUCAUUGUUGCUUUUAA